CUGGGGUUUUUUCAUGUAAAGUUCUUGAGAAGGUUGUUUCUCGUUAAUGAAGGGAAAGUACAUCAGUCCAAAAUUUCUUGAAUUCAUGUGGUGGUUUAAAUUCAUGGUUUUGUGUGUGGUAGUGCUUAAGCAAAUCGGGAUGCUCAGCUGCAUAGCCUAAAAUAUAUAAAGAACAGCUUCCUCGUGAAAAUAAAUGAAAUAAGAUCUUAACAGUAAAUAUUAAUCUCCAGUAAUACUUAAGGGUCAAACAUAGUACUUUCCUGAAUUGUAAUUCUGUAAUCCUACAGACAGUUUUAGCAUGAAGAUGCCUUACUGUUCUGAAGCAGCAAAAUAAAACGAACCAUAACUUUUCUUUACAUAAAUAUAUAUUUAAUUAUAUAUUACUGCUAAACUUUGACUUUUUCGGACCCUGAAUAACUUUUUGUCUCUUGGCAGUUUGAACAAGAGAUAGAAAUAAAUCUUUCUUUCGUGCAAGCACUUAAAAAUGCAUGCACCAUUCAUGUCACUUUUAAGCCUCCAGAUUCACAAAUUAUAGACAGUCCUCAUCCCCAGAUUUAAAGUGGGUUUCUUUGCUUCUCUGAUCCAGAGUCUUCUAUAAGAGUAAGUAAUUGCCAAAGCCCUGGAGUAGAUAACAUAUCCAAGAGGAACUUCAGCUGUACCAUUUGAAAAUACACAGUGGAAAAUAAAUGAAAAUAGCUAAGAGGCUGUCUCAGUAUUUGAGCCAGAAAUGUUAGCCAAAAAAAUCCAUUCUCUUACAUGUUGGUUGCCUAUUCUGCUGAUUCAGUCUAUCGCAUUUUUGACAGAAGACACCUUCAAAUAAUAUAGAAUCUCUAUGAAGUGCUACCUCUGCGUUUCAAUGUUGCUUAAAUUAACUGAAAACAUGCAUUCAGUAGUGAUGUAGCAUUUAUCAAUAUACAGCAUUAACCUCUGCUUCUUAAUACAAGUUUCCACCUAACUGGCCCUUUUUGAGCCCUCAUUUGGCCAAACAGCUUCCACUGGUAGUUCUCUAGAAUUAAGGAGCUUGCGGAACAAGUUAAAGUAAUGAUGUCAGACACAAAUUGCUUUCACUGAAAGAGUCUGUAUGAUCGUUUUCUGAAAAGAAGGCGGCGUAAAGUACCUGGAACAUAUUCAAGGAAGAAGGAUUCGCCUCAAAAACCACACAAGAUAAGCACUUGUAUAGCUUUGGCUAAUAUCCUAAACUAAAGCUAUUUAAAAGGUUUUUUUCUGAGUGGCAUGAAAAAUGAAGAGUAAUAUGGUUAAAAUGGAUCUCCAGAUAAUCGGUACCCUUACAGAAGUUAUAUGGAAGGUGAAUGUUUCAUUCUGUUUAAAUCAAGUCAUCCUGCUGUCAUUAGAAAUCUCAGAGGUUCAGCCUUGUGGAAGGAUUUAAAGGCAACACUUCUUCUAAUCUGAUUAUUGUUGGACUUGCAUAGCUACAUGGUCUAAAAAAGAGCUAAAAGAAACCAGAGUUCAAACUCGCCACAAAGAAAGACAGUGAGCUGUGUGGUGCAGAAUCAACACACUGUUCUGAGACUUUGAUUUUGACAAUUACCUAAAGUAGGGAUGCCUGCAGAUUUCAAUGGUUACUGGAAAAUGGUCAGCAAUGACAACUUUGAGGAGUAUCUGAAAGCACUGGAUGUAAAUGUUGCUGUAAGAAAAAUAGCAAACUUGCUAAAACCUGACAAAGAAAUCCUUCAGAAUGGGGAUCAUAUGAUCAUUAAAACGCUAAGCACUUUUAGAAAUUACAUCAUGGAAUUUGAUGUAGGAAAGGAGUUUGAGGAGGAUUUAGCUGGGGUGGAUGAUCGCAAAUGCAUGACCACCGUAUCUUGGGAUGGAGAUAAGCUGCUUUGUGUGCAGAAUGGAGAAAAAGAAGGUCGUGGUUGGACCCAGUGGAUUGAAGGAGAUGAAAUGCAUCUGGAAAUAAGAGUGUGUGGAGUCAAGUGUAAGCAGGUCUUUAAGAAGGUACAGUGAGCCUACUGCUGAUACAGAAGUGAAGAACAGCAGAAUUUACAGACUUACCACCAAAUCUCCAAAUGCUAGUAGUGAACAUCAUCAGUGAUGAGAGCAAACACAGAAAUGAAGAUCACAUUAGAACUGUACAGUUAUAAUAAAAUAUUUUUAACAAAUCAUUUUAAAGAAAUAACUGCAAAUGAAACUAUUUUUAGAAAUGCCAAUUAAAGAUACUAAACACUAUAAA